ACAAGAUGGAGGAGGUGGAUCACAUUAUCAUUCACUCCCUCCGAAUUAUCGGGUGCGAUAUUGAGGAUGAUGUCACAAAUCUGAAACAAUUCUCUACAGAACUGAUUGUGUCUGCUGUUGUUAGAUGUCUCAAGGUCAUCAAUAGUGAUGUGGACCUCCCCAACUCCCUCCCUGGUGGAAUGUCUGCCAAGUUUAGGAUUGGCACAUCUAUGGCAGCUCAUAUCCAGGAACUUGGUUACAGAGGGGAAAUUGGUUACCAGACAUUCCUCUACUCAAAUGAGCAAGAGAUCAGGAGAGUACUUAUGUUCCUUGUGGACAAGUUACCUAAAGAGACAGCUGAGGCUGUGGAGGAAGUUCUAGGGGCAUCUGUACUGCUACAGAGGACUAUAGCCUCCAGGCUGGCCCAGCAGCUGAAUUCUGUGUGGACCCCACCCUACCUCAAACAGAACAGUAUCACAUGGAGGGGAAGUCCUCCACACUGGCAGAGAGAGGGUGCUAGUUCGUUGUGUAAGUUCCAUGCUUCCCACCUACAUGUACCACAGGGCAUGACAGACCUGAAGAGGAAACUUCCUAAAGCACUCAGAAACUAUUAUUCCCAAAGUCUUCCUUAUGUAACCAAUCAAACUAUCCAUCACCAAGAUACCUCACCUUCUGUCAUUGAGAAAAUGGCUAAAGAAGUAACAGCCCAGCAGGAGUGGGAAAAUGAAUGGAACCAAGCAGGACUGGCCUCUAGGCUCUCCGAACAGGAAUACAGAGAAAAGAAAAAGAACAAGAUACAAAAGCGAGUGAUGGACCAGUUGCGUCAGGAUGUACAGAGGAGUGGGGACUUUGCCGCAUCUAGGAAGGCACAGGAUCUACAACAGAUGAUCGACUCCAUCAGCAGUAGAUCUGGGGGUGGUACCAAAACCAAAGGUUCACGCUUUACACACACAGAACAACUCAUAUUUGCCAAGGAUGAGGAAAAAACCAUGUCACAGAUGGGAGGAGAUUCUGAAGCAGGACAAGGCCACACAGAAGAGGAGAUUCAGCAGCAGCGAGAGAGUGAGGUGGAGAGCCUACGUGAGGAAGUGUCUGGCCUUGUGUCUCGUCUGGAGAAGAUGGAUUUAGAGAUGCGUACCUUCACAGCAGGUGUCCAACAGAUGGAGGACGAGAUUUCCACCCAGGCUCGUACUAACACAGACAAGGAAGAGGCCUACAAGGUCAAAAAGAGGACACUUGACCUACUACCUGAUGCUGAGAACAACAUAGCAAAAUUACAGACUGUGGUGGAUAGUAGUGCCCAGCGACUCAUCACACUUGCCAAUCAAUGGGAGAAACACCGAGCGCCAUUAAUAGACCAGUACAGAGAGCUGAAAGAUGUUAACUCCAAAAAAGAAUCUGAAGCAGAGAAAAAACUAGAGGAGAUUAAGGCUUUCCGUAUGAGAAUGAAGGAGGUAGCUGACGAUGCCAGGCAGAAAGAGGAACAUUUAAAACAGUUGGUGGCGGAGUAUGACAGAAUGACCAAAGAUGUGAACAGAUCAGCAUACACAAAGCGUAUCAUGGAAAUCGUGUCGAACAUUAAAAAACAGAAGGAUGGAAUCAGCACGGUUUUGAUUGACACUCGAGCUGUUCAGAAAGAGAUAAACCAGCUAACUGGAAAACUGGACAGAACAUUUACGGUCACGGAUGAGUUAAUCUUUAGAAAUGCCAAGAAGGACGAAGCAGCAAAGAAAGCCUACAGACACCUGGCAGCUUUACAUGAGAGUUGUGAGCUUCUGAUAUCUACAGUGGAAGAAACAGGAGUGAUAAUGAGGGAGAUCAGGGAAUUAGAGGAUCAGAUUGAGAAUGAAAGCAAGAACAAAGUAUUAAGUAAUUUGGAGAAGAUUACCUCAGAUUACCAGCAGAUGAAGAAGGAAAAUACAGCAUUAAUGGCGAAAUUGAAACAAAAGUCGUGAAUAUCUAAUUCAGUCAUUCAGUGGUAGUACAUUGUGUGUCAUCAAUAGAAUUAAGCAUGUGGUGUGCCAUUUAAUUACAGAUAUAUUUCAUACUAUUAAGAACUUGGAUUCACAUCAUACUUUAACUGUGUUAACAUAAACACAUUAAAUCAUUUUGUUUUUAAUUGUUAUGUGAAAAACAUUUUAAUUUGUUUAUAGAAUUUUAUGCACAGUAAAGCAAAAGCCAUAUGCCACAAUAUAAAACUAGAUGCUCUGAAGCUGUGAAAAUAGAAUACAUACAAACAUUAUUUAUGUAUGAUUCAUCAGACAUACAGUGACUACUUUUCAAUCUGUUGUUUAAAAAUGUGAUAAAGUAAGUUAUGUAGAUGUUUGUACAUCAUGAUCAUAGUUAGCCUUGGGUAAUUGUAAUGUUUUUGUGACUACAAAUUUUAAAUUAUUAAAAAUGUCCUCUAAUUUUAAUGCCUAGUUUUGGUGACUAUCUUAAAUAUUUAUCUCUUGAUCAGAAGAACUUUGCCCAGCCUUUGAUUUCCCUCUCUGUAAUUUUCUGAUUUUAAUGCUUUGCUUACGAACCUUUUGCAGACUUUAGCUGUUCUUGAGCAAUCUUAUAAGUCUCUUCCAGUUAGUCCAACUCCAUCAGCAGACUUAUUGUACAUCUACGUAGUUUCAAUAACACAAAAGUAGGUACUUAUAUUCAAUUAAUUUGAUAAUUAUAACAAUCUUCCAAUACAAUACAGUUAAAGGCAACCUAAACAUUUUUUUUUUUUUUUUUUUUUAACGAAAAAAAGACUUUCUGCAGGCUACUCAGGGCAAGACACAAAAUUAGCAGUAAGAAGUGCAGGGUUCAUGUGUAGCAGGACUGGACUUGGUCGAUCAUCAGUGACCAGUUAGCUCGAUUGAUAGAGCAUCCGGCUAGUGUUCGGAGGUCCCAGGUUCGAAUCCCGGUCUGGCCGCUACAUUUUCUCCUCUCCUGUUUCACAUGAUUAGGUCUUUAUUAGAUCCCUUAAGUAGUCAUUUUUACCUGUUGUUGGUUCAGAUAACGAGUCAUUUUAUGCUGUAGCUGUUUCUUAUGUUGUACUGCAAAAUUCAUUAAAUUGUAAUUAAUGUUAUUAAUAUUUAAAAUUGCUUGGGUUUAUAGCAAUUCUUCCAGGUUUGUAUGUACAUUAUUCAAAGUCUAUUGCACUCAUUCAUGGUGGAGAUGAAUGAUAAAUUCUGCUACCAAAGGUAAUUGAGGUUUUUCAUUAAACAUUAAUAAGCUAAAGUAACAGACCAGUGACUUCAAUAAUUAAAUAUCGGUACUGUUAUGUAAACUUUAUCCAUUUAACAACAGUUUUUCGCAUUGGGGUCUUACUGUGGGAGGAAACUGAAGAACCCUGUAGAAAACCAGUUGGUGAAUGGUACCCAUGUGCCACUUGACUACCCAAGUACUAGCUGUUUAAUCAUCUAGCUGUUCCAGGUGCUGAAAAUACAGUUUGUAACUUAGAACUUUCACCAUGUCAGUGCAAAAACCUUGCAUUUUUGUUGGCAUUUUUACAAAUUUUUUUUUUAACAUGAAAUUAUGUAUUUUGCAGGAUAUAAGUCUAUGCUGUGCAUUAAUGUUUAAAUACAGUAUUUGACCUAUUAAGCACACCUGUCCCUAUAAGCACACAUCAAUCUUUUUCUAGAUGAGAGGUUGGGUGCACUAAUUGAAACAUAUAAAGUUCCUUACCUCAAUGAUCUGCCAAAUCUUCAGUCUUUUAACCACCCAUUUUGUGUUUUUGCGAGCGGACAGUGCGCUUAUUAGGUUGAAUAUGUUAUAUACACUUUACAUGAUAUAAGCAUACUGGGGCAUUAUAUCAAUUAUUGUAUUUUACAGAAGAAAAGCCUAUGUUCAGUAUUAUUAGAUAUACUGUAUAUAAUACAAUUUAGUUUAUAGAAGAUAUAGGCCUGUAAUUCUUUACAUGUAUGGAGGUGUGGAGGACAGUUGCUUACAACUGUAUUCAAAGCGCUGCAUUUCCUUGUUUUCAUGUCUGUAAUAAGUCUGUAAUUAAUCUGUAAUACGUCUGUAAUUAAUCUGUAAUAAGUCUGUAAUUAAUCUGUAAUAAGUCUGUAAUAAGUCUGUAAUUAAUCUGUAAUACGUCUGUAAUUAAUCUGUAAUAAGUCUGUAAUUAAUCUGUAAUAAGUCUGUAAUUAAUCUGUAAUUAGUCUGUAGUAAGUCUGUCUAUAAUAAGAAAGUAAUUGGUCUGCAUUAAGUCUGUCUGUAAUAAGUCUGUAAUAAGUAUGUACACUGUAUGUAGUAAGUCUGUAAUAAGUCUGUAAUAACUCUGUAAUAAGUCUGUAAUUAUAAGUCUAUAAUUAAUCUGUAAUAAGUCUGUAAUAAGUCUAUAAUUAAUCUGUAAUUAGUCUGCAAUAAGUCUGUAAUAAGUCUGUAAUAAGUCUAUAAUUAAUAUGUAAUUAGUCUGCAAUAAGUCUGUAAUAAGUCUAUAAUUAAUCUGUAAUAAGUCUAUAAUUAAUCUGUAAUAAGUCUAUAAUUAAUCUGUAAUUAAUCUGUAAUAAGUCUGUAUAAUCUAUAAUUAGUCUGCAAUAAGUCUGUAAUAAGUCUGUCUGUAAUAAGCCCGAAAUAGACAACACAUAAAGAGGACAUUAAAGAAAAAAAAAAAAUUCUGAGCAGCUUUUACAAUAGAAAUGUAGCGUAGUGUUAGGGUAUUCAGUUGGCAAAGUAAACUUGGCUAGAUUGGAAGUAAGAAAUCACUGGUAUGGCAAUGUACUUUUUCAUUGUUGAUAUUCACCAUGAAUCAUUCAUAGAUUAUCACCGUCACAGCGUUUUAUAAUGCUGUACCAAGAAUGCCACUUGAGAUUAUGAAUAUUUUAUGUUGUGUUUCGUAGUAGUAGAACUGGUUAUAAGUUACAGAGCUUAUGUACUGCAUGUAGAUUUGUCAAAUGACUUGAGCUAAGAGGUCGGUAUCUUUGUAGUUAAAUCUUAAAUGGUUCUGAAUAUGAACUCAGUCACUGGCCUCUAAUUUGCACCAAUGAUUCCAUUACCCUGUCCGUAAUUGGCAUCUAACUUAUAUGUGUAUUAUUGUGUAAGAAUAUGUCGGUAUACAUAAAAUCCAGGACUUUAGAAAAAGACAUCAACUUUUGUCCUACAAAACUUGUGUUACCUGUGUAACAGCUCUGGUGAAAAAACGUAAUAAUUUUGAAAUCAAUUUCACAUACGAUUGUCGACUAUAAACAUGUAUGGGAUUUAGGUGAGAAGAAGUUGAUUAUAAUUUGUCUAAUCUAAAGUAUGGAAAACUGGAGCAUGAUGCAGUUAAAUUGUCUUCCAGAAUGAAAAUAAGUGAAUGUUGUUAUUUUGGUUUAUAUAUGUAUAUAUAUAUGUAUAGCUGCUUAAGCUGUGUGAUAUGAUAAAAUUGUUGCCUAAACCCGUUAUAUACAUGUAGUUGUAUAAACUGACCACCUUCACAAAACACCUAAUACACAUGUACAUGAUAUACAAUACUGUAUAUCAUAAGAUUUCUGAUUUUGUGUUUGUUUUGAAAAGAGUAGAGGGCUUACUUCCAACUGUGAGCCUAAUUCACAGACUUGAUAGCAAGGGGAUGGGGUUUACUGCCAAGCAGGGGUUUAUUGCUGGUCAAGUAUGGUAUCAAAUUUUAGUAAUACGAAUGUAGCAUGAAAAGAUUCCGAACAAAUGAGAUUUUAUCCUCUCAAUGGUAAAAACAAUUACAAAAGAUACAUACUACAUUUUAUUGUCCUUUACAUUAAAGGGGACAUCUGCACCCAAUAAUUAUAUCGGGGUGUCUGUAUUACCCCAUAUUUAUAUUGGGGUGUCGGUUUUACCCUAUAUCUAUAGUGGGGUGUCGGUGUUACCCCAUAUUUAUAUAUAUCGGGGUGUCUGUGUAACCCCAUAUUUAUAUAUAUUGGGGUGUCAGUGUUACCCCAUAUUUAUAUUGGGGUGUCUGUUUUACCCUGUAUCAAUAUUAGGGUGUCGGUGUUACCCCAUAUUUAUACUGGGGUGUCGGUGUUACCCCAUAUUUAUAUAUCGGGUGUCAGUGUUGCCCCAUAUUUAUAUUGGGGUGUCAGUGUUACCCCAUAUUUAUAUAUCGGGUUGUCAGUGUUGCCCCAUAUUUAUAUUGGGGUGUCGGUGUUACCCCAUAUUUAUAUUGGGGUGUCUGUUACCCCAUAUUUAUAUAUCGGGAUUUCCGCGUUACCCCAUAUUUCUAUAUCCGGGUGUCUGUGUUACCCCAUAUUUCUAUAUCGGGGUGUCUGUGUUACCCCAGAUUUAUAUAUAUUGGGGUGUCAGUGUUACCCCAUAUUUAUAUUGGGGUGUCUGUUUUACCCUGUAUCAAUAUUAGGGUGUCGGUGUUACCCCAUAUUUAUACUGGGGUGUCGGUGUUACCCCAUAUUUAUAUAUCGGGUGUCAGUGUUGCCCCAUAUUUAUAUUGGGGUGUCAGUGUUACCCCAUAUUUAUAUAUCGGGUUGUCAGUGUUGCCCCAUAUUUAUAUUGGGGGUGUCGGUGUUACCCCAUAUUUAUAUUGGGGUGUCUGUUACCCCAUAUUUAUAUAUCGGGAUUUCCGCGUUACCCCAUAUUUCUAUAUCCGGGUGUCUGUGUUACCCCAUAUUUCUAUAUCGGGGUGUCUGUGUUACCCCAGAUUUAUAUCGGGGUGUCAGUGUUACCCCAUAUUUAUAUACUAUAACUAUAACUAUCAAUUACAGCAAAAUUGUUCAGCCACACAUUACUAGUUAUACAAAACAUGUGAAAUCAGAUAAAUGCACUCUUUGUAACAAAUAAUGAUAAUAUUAUGGGGUGACAUUCAAUCCUUAUAUAAAUAUUACAAGUUGAGAGUGGGUGACCCCGGUAAACUGUUAAAACCACCUAGAUAGCAUUCAUUUGUGAUCAAUCAUGAACAUAAUACUACAUGUAUGUGCAAUUGUCAUUGAAUUAUUGACAUGUAAGAUUUGACUAUCCAUUUGUAAUAACUCGGUGCUGCAUGUAAAUUAUUUUCUUGAAAAUAUUUGAAUGUUCUAAGUUAAAUGCUUCUGUAUAUAUAUAGACAUGUGCUGUCUAUAAUUUGAACAUGACAUGUAAUUAUGUUAAUUGUUCUCUUUUCAUAUUCAUAACUGAUGAUACUUUUCCAUAAAUACCUAUUUCAUUAUAGUGCUAUAAUUAGUUCAUCAUCGGUAAACAUAUGAGUAUUAUACUUUUAUUUAUUGUUUCUGGUUAAACUGUAUUUAUCCUCACAUAAGCCCCUCCCCUAGUUUAAAAGUUUUUUGUGAACACUUUGAACUUUCUAUUUUAAAAUAUAUGAUUCUGUGAAAAUGAAUGGGGGCUUAUUUGAGGACGAAUAUGGUAAUACAUGCAUGUACAUAUAUGGCUAUUAUCAGCUUAUGUCUACACACUCGUCAUUGUUGUAGAUUACAGGCUGAAGAAACGUUUCUUUUUCGUUUAUGAGGAAGUCUGAGAACCACAUGAUCACUCAUACUGUAUUUAUUGUAAAAUUGAAACAUCAUCGAUCAUAAACAAUUAAGUUUUUAAGACAUUUAUUAUUGUAAGAUUACAUCAAUUUAAUUAUAUAAAGAAAUUACCUUUUUUAAUAAAAUAUGCUUGAAAUGA